AUGUCUUCUUUACCCGCUUCACCUGCCUCAAUAACGGAAGAAAUUUCUUCUCGAACAAUGUCAGACGUGGUUAAGGAUUUUAAUACAGAGGAGCUUAUCGAUUAUUUGGAAAGGAAAGACUUGAAACUCGAUGAAGAUGAUAUUAAAAUUCUUCAAGAAAAACUUGAGCGAUAUGGUAUGAAAGGAGGGCCUUCAACUGUUCUUGUAGAAUUUAUCGAAAGCCUUAGCCAGAAAUUACGAAACUAUUCCUCACUUAAAACUCUUGACGACUUGAAGAAAAUGUUACGUAGAAAUAAGGUCAAUGGGGAAGAUAUAACGAGUAUCAAGCAAUUUACUCCUGCUAAAAAACUCACCUCUCAAGAUAUAUUCAUAGUUUUACAAAAAGAUAUAUCUGGAAAGCCUCGUAAUAUUAAGAUUGGAUAUGCGCAGAAUCUGGCGCAACUUGAAAGUGCAUUCUAA